AUUAAUAUAAAUUAAAAAAUUAAUAAUUAAACAAAGAAAAAAAGUAAUAAGUAAAGAAAUUAUUUACUGAAACAUCAUUAAUUAAUCAAUAAUAAAUAAAUAAUUAAAAGCGAAGUUCUACUCCUUUUAAAAUUUUCUAAAAUAAAAAUAACCAAUCAAAAUACAAUCUAAACCUACAUCUAACAAACGAUGGGAUCUGAAACUUCAAGAAUUAAUAACUGCUGUUCUUGCUUAGAAUAAACCUAAGUGGGAGAAUCAACUAGUCAAAAUUCUUUCAGCUCUGGAUCUUAUUCCAAAAAGCAAAAUAUGAUCAGCUUACAAAAAGGUAUUUCUAUCAUCAAUGAUGAAGACUGUAGAUCUUCUUCAAGCCUCAACUUAGUCUUGCUUGGUGACAAACAAUGUGGAAAGACUACUUUCAUUAACUAAUUGAAAGGCAAGAACUCAUCUUCUCCUCUCCCUACUUUAUACCCUUGCUAAGAAAUGGUUAAGGCAAAUAGAGACUAAAUUCGCAGAGCUAUCUUGUUGAAUGAAGUAGAUUUUGAAUAUUAUCACUCCAAUCAAUCUCGUAGCUUAUAAAAGAAAUCAUAAGGAUUCAUUUUUGUGAUUAAGUACGAUGAAAACAAAUAGAAUUUAAUUGAUUAAAUUCGCAAUUUCUCUCGCAUUGACAAGAAAUAAACCCCCUGCGCUAUUGUCAUCAACUUAUUUUCAUAAAAUAGUGAGGAUGAUAGAUAAUCUAUCAAGCAAGACGUAAAAAAUAUCCUUAGCUAAUAUUCUAUUAACGCUUGUGCCAUCGAGUUUAUGAACGAUCGCAACACUAAAUUCCUAUCUGAUAUGUCUAAAUUGAUAGAAGCAAGCUAAAUCAGUUAAGUAAAGUGA